AUGCGCGGCUUCACCAAGGCGGCAGCUUUGCUGUCAUCGACUUGGGCUUCGGCUUUAGUCAUACCUGAAUCGGGUUCCCUGAGCACUCCGUCAUCAGAUGCCGUGAUCCAAUAUCAUCCUUAUGAAGCUCUACUAGAGUUCGGUGCCAGAACUGGCGAACCAAUUGAUCCAAUCGUCACAUUCCAGGUCCAGGGUACGGAAAAGGCAUGUGGAGAGAGCAAUGUCAAGCUUAAUGGUCAAGAGCUGGAGACCAAGUGGGAAGGGACGACUGCCGAAGGUCACGAUUACCUCGACAUCUACGGUGGAAGCGAAGCAAAAUGGCACAUUAGCUGCCUUUACGACGCUGUGCCAACCGAUGGAAGCAAUUCCGUCGGAGAAGAUGUCGUCCAUGUCCUCAGUAUCCAUUUCGUCAACCCAGCCCGUCGUGGAUUUACGGUCUCGUACAAACAGAUUGGCCAUCCGGCAAUCCUGCGCUUCUUUCCGAGAUACCAACCAGCUAAUUUCGCUCUUGAUCCUGUGCUCGCCAACCAAUGGCGGAGGCCGUCCGUAGAUUUCGAUCCGGAUAUUAUGGCAAAUGCAGUAAAGAAUGAUUCAGUCUUGUAUGACAUUUUGAGUCAAGGCCAAAAGAGCCUCGGGGCUGAACUGACUGCCAUCAAAAGUUCCUUGAAAAAGGGCAUGAAGAAGGUAGCUGGUAUCUGGUGUCACAAGAGCAAGGGAAAGCCUAGCGAAGUGAAGGCCGUCUCGGUAGAACAUUCUAAGAUUUCCACUGACCGACUACUGGAGCCACCUCCCGUAUCCUACGAGGAAUCAGUUUCCACAACUGAGGCUUCCGGUUCAACGAGCACCACACCUAAUCUGUCCGCAGCGGAAACGCGAUCUUUAAUAUCGACGGAAGCUCUGCAGACAUCGACAAGCCCCAUAACAACAACUCUUCCCUCUCAACCCAAUAUUAAUACCCACCUCCUUAAGUCAUUUGGCUUGGGACUCAUAGUCCUGUCGUGUCUUGCAUGGCUCCUCCUACGUUGUCGAGACCCUCGUCGCCGUGUUGACUGUGCCGCUCGCAGGGAGGAACGCAGAACCAAGCGAAUGUAUCGUAGGGCUGCGCAGAAGCAAGCAUUCGAGAACUGGCUUCGGAGCAUUCAUCUUAAGUUCAAAGCUCUCCGUUUUAGGUACGGCUUCGCGCCUCAGGCAGCAAUUAGCUGGGAUGAGAAACGGACACGUGUGAUCGCACAAGAGGCCGUUCUGGAAGAUGCUAUGGCCGACGACAUUAGGGCACUCAGAAACGCCCACCGAGUCGUGAGCAGCAUUACGGCUGCCGAAGAAGGGAGGCAUGACUUCGUGUACGAGGCCGAAGGCUCCGAACGGCGGAGGAGCGUCUCCACUCUCCCGGGGUACGAGAGUGAGGGUAGCCUACCACCCUCGUAUGACGACGCGGGGGAUAGCUUCGAGAGAAGCGCUGUGGUCAACGGGUUUCAAUCUAUUCCGGUCGACACCGAGUUCACUUCUAACAGCAGUGUCAUCUCGACCAGUCCACGAAUCAGCCGAGACGGCACAAACAGCGAAUUUGACGAGAAAUUUGAGCAGAUAACAUUGGAAGCAAGCGGCCCGGCUGGUUCGGGUUUCUGA